CCGCUGAUGAGAAUGCUGCUCAGACGCGGCACGUGGCUCACUUCACUUUCCAGCCGGACCGGGAGUCCCAGGAGCACGCCACUCCCCAGCACUUGCAUCACCACCUCAGCUCCACUUUGGAUCAUCAGGCAUUAGAUUCUCAUAAGGAGUGUGCAACCUAGAUUCCUUGGAUGUACAGUUCACAGAGUUCUCACCCCAUGAGAAUAUUACGCCACUGCUGAUUGACUAGGAGGCAGAGCUCAAGUGCUAAUGUGAGUGAUGGGGAGUGGCUGGAAAUACAGGGCAAACUCAGAAAAUGAAUCUUUUUCAAGCAAUAACAAGUGCCUUGGACAACUCAUUAGCCAAAGAUCCUACUGCAGUAAUAUUUGGUGAAGAUGUUGCCUUUGGUGGAGUUUUCAGGUGCACUGUUGGCUUGCGAGACAAAUAUGGGAAAGACAGAGUUUUCAAUACCCCACUGUGUGAACAAGGAAUUGUUGGAUUUGGAAUUGGAAUUGCAGUUACUGGUGCUACUGCCAUUGCUGAAAUUCAGUUUGCAGAUUAUAUUUUCCCUGCUUUUGAUCAAAUUGUUAAUGAAGCUGCCAAGUAUCGUUACCGUUCUGGGGAUCUUUUUAACUGUGGAAACCUCACUAUCAGGUCCCCGUGGGGCUGUGUUGGUCACGGGGCUCUUUAUCAUUCUCAGUGUCCUGAAGCUUUUUUCGCUCAUUGCCCUGGAAUCAAGGUUGUUAUACCCAGAAGCCCUUUUCAGGCCAAGGGACUUCUUCUGUCAUGCAUAGAGGAUAAAAAUCCUUGUAUAUUUUUUGAACCUAAAAUACUUUAUAGAGCAGCAGUGGAACAGGUUCCUGUAGAACCAUACAAUAUUCCACUGUCACAGGCCGAAGUCAUACAGGAAGGGAGUGAUAUUACUCUAGUUGCCUGGGGCACUCAGGUUCACGUCAUCAGGGAAGUUGCUUCAAUGGCAAGAGAGAAGCUUGGAGUGUCUUGUGAAAUCAUCGAUCUAAGGACUAUAAUACCUUGGGAUGUGGAUACAGUUUGCAAGUCUGUGAUCAAAACAGGACGACUCUUAAUCAGUCACGAGGCUCCCUUGACAGGUGGCUUUGCAUCAGAGAUCAGCUCCACAGUUCAGGAAGAAUGCUUCUUGAACCUAGAGGCUCCUAUAUCCAGAGUAUGUGGUUAUGACACACCAUUUCCACACAUUUUUGAGCCAUUUUACAUCCCAGAUAAAUGGAAAUGCUAUGAUGCCCUUCGAAAAAUGAUCAACUAUUAACUACAAAG